AUGUUACUUCUAAAAGUUCUUUUGAUUUCAAUAUCUACUGUUAACACCUUAUGUUCUAUGUAUUACUUGACAAAUUUUCAUAAUGAUUAUCCAGAUGCACAUGUAAUUCAUGCUAAUUGCGGUGAUACAGUAUCACUUUCUUGUCCUGAAGAAUCAAGUACUGAUCAUGUUUCAUUAUCAUCCACAAUGCCAGCUAUGUGGUUUCGUCUGUAUGAAAAUGCUUAUCCACAACCACUAAUACUUGGUGAUCGUCAAUUAAUUGAUGAUCAACGUUUUAUGCUGCGUACGCUAAAUAAUGAUCGUCAUCUGGAAAUAAUCGGUGCAAGAAUAGAUGAUCAAGGUUAUUAUAUUUGUAAAAGAGGAAAUACAAUUCGAUCAAGUUAUAAUUUAACAAUUACAACCAACACAUGUAUUAGUAUAAUACCUAAUAGUUUACAUGUAAACAUCAAUGACCUAAUUCGUCUUGUGUGUCAUAUACGUUCAACAGAUGCAUUUAAUGAACAAAAUAUACGUGUACAAUGGACACGUAAUGAUUAUCCCAUAUUAAAUAUAGCUGAAUGUUUUUCCAAUUAUUCAUCUAUUGAUGGUACUCUGUAUGAAAUAUUAAUCAUUCGAAAAGCACGAAAAACUGAUACUGGAAUAUAUACAUGUCGAUAUGGUCACAUGUUAACUGCAACAUCUCAUGUUGCUAUUUAUCAAUAUCCUGGCGGUAGUAAAUCACGUCGUCUAAUAUCCCAAAUAAGUGGUAAUAGCUCAUCAUUGAAACCAUGUUUUCUAAGAACAGUAGUUACUUUUUUAAUAUUGUAUAUGAAAUUGUUUUUUGUCUUUUUACCGUAA